AUGGCGACGCCAAUCCAUGAGCUCGAAGCGGGUCUUGAUGCGGUGAAGGAACAAACCUACGCCGCGGGGCUCCUUGGUCAGGGCUUGCUUGAGCACCAGCGUAUGCUGGAGGCUUUACUAGAAGAGCUGAAUGAUCCAAGUCGUGCAGAUGAAUCUUCAGAGGUUGCCGAGCGCGUGCAAGCUGAACUGCACGACCUGCAAGAGCAGCGCGACCGGCUGUUCCAGGAGAUCAGCUCGAGUCUAGCCAUCAGUGGCCCUCCCGCUGGACCGAAGCGAGCGUCACUAUCGCGUCAUAUUCCAUUUUCGUUCUCGCCAAGCCCCUCGUUCAAGAGCCGCGACGAGCUUGACCGCCUGCGCCAAAGCAAGGCGGACGCAGAAAAACUGUAUGAGGCUAUGCGCGCACGGGUACUGGAGCUCGAAAAGAAGCACGAAGUAUUCAAGCAGGAAAACUGGGACCUCUACGUGAUGCAGCAGCAGCUGGAGGAGAAGCUUGCCUCGCGGUCUAGCGCGCAGUCCAAAGCCGAUCUCGAGCGCCAGCGAUUGCACGAAGAGCUGGACCAGGUGCGCGAGGCCCUCGAGGCGCAGCGCACACAGUUCGAGGAAAAUGAAGAAGUCCUCCGUCGCCUCCGCAAGGAGCGUGAGACUGAAGAGGCAUCAGCCCGUCGUGAGCGCGCGCGCUUCCGCCGCAACAUCUCGGACCUGCACGGGCAGAUCAAGCAACUGCAGCACCGAGACGCACCUUCGAGUGCGCCGCGUAUGGAGCCCACGGUCUUGGAGGACGAAGAUGCCCAGCCCCAAGCAUCGACUGAGCACAAUGUCAUGGAAGAGAGUGACGAUGCAGCGCUCCACGGCGCGGACGAGCCAGGUGUGACGUGGCCCGUCUCCACGGGUUCGUCUGAAGUCGACGAGCUGCGUGCCAAGCUUUCUAUGGCCAUCAAGCGUAUGGGACGCGAUAGUCAAGUGCAGCGAAAGUUGCGCGAGCAAAUCAGUGACCUGCGCAAGGCCCUCGCGCAGGCAGGGCUGGAGGGUCCCGAUGCUGAGACAGACGACGAGAAUGACUCGCCCGCUUUUGACGAGGACGAGGAUAGCCGCGCCUGGAUGGAUGAGCCGCCAGAGAAGCCCGUGCCCCGCCACCGGUUCCGCGCGGCCAAGGGGUCGCGACCGCGCGUUGUAUCAUUAGAGUCGACUCGGUCGCUCGCGGGCCCUGCCGGGGAGUGGGUGGACGCCUCAAUGGGCGACGAGAGCGUCAUUGUUAAAGAGCCAGUCCUUGAUCCAACUAUGGCGAGCCUGCUUGGAUCGUCGCCAUCGAUGCCGGCUGGCGCGCCUGUCGAGGCGCCGAGCGGCGGGUUGGGCGCGGAACUUGCAGCAGAAGGCUACAGUGUGCGACCCGAGAUGAUGGAGGAGGUGGAGACGGACGCGGUGGCCGCGGCCCUCGCACAGGCUCGCACAGAGCGUGACGCUGAGCGUGCCGAGUUGCAGAGCCAGCAUGAGGCUGCGAUCGCCGAGCUCGAGCGCCAGCACCGGGAAGCACUGGAUGCCUCGCAAGCGGAGCAUGCGCAGAAGCUAGACGUGCAAUCGGUGCAACACCGCGAGGCUCUUGAGUCGCUACAGCGUGAGCACCAGACGCGUUUAGAUGGACUGCGGGCAGAGCACGACCAGGUGCUUGCGCAGCGGUCGACAGAACACUCCCACAUCCUCGAUAUGCUGCGUGCAGAGCAUGCCAAGGCCAUGGCCGCAGCGCAGGAUCAGCACAAGUCUGAUCUGCAGUCGGUGGAAGAGAGCCACGCGCGUGCAUUGCAGGAGGCGUCUUUGAGUGAAAAGCAGGCGCACGAGAGGCUGGAGCGCACGCACCGUGAGGAACUGUCGAGGCAAAGCACUGCGCAUACUGAAGCGCUUGCAGCUCUGGAAGCGCAGCACGAGCGGGCGCUCGCAGAGCAAGACCAGGCGCAUACAGCUGCUAUGGAGGGUCUGCGCCGUGAGCACGAUGCAGCGCUAGAGAAGCAGGCAUCGGAGCAGGCCGAUGCACUGCAGGCACUGGAAGCGAAGCAUGCAACUGAGCUGGAAGCACACCGAGGCGACAAGGCCGACGCGUUGAAGGCACUCGAGGCACGACAUGCGGACGAAACGACGGCCCAAGCCGCAGAGCACGCCAAGGCCCUCGAGGCCCUCGAGAAACAGACGCUCACGGCCAAGAAAGACGAGCACGCGCGCGAUGUGCAAGAGCUCCAGGCGACACAUGCGCAGCAGUGGGCUGAGCACGAGCGCCAGAAGGCCGAGGCUGUGGCCGCUCUAGAGGCUGAGUACGACAUGAAGCUGGAGCAGUUCCAGGAUCGUCAUGCCAAGGCCGUGGCAGCGCUAGAGAAAAAGCAUGCAAUGGUGCUGGGCGAGCGGCAGGACGAGCAUGCAAAGGAGCGUAGCGCAUGGGAGGCCCAGCGUGCCGAGCGUGACGAGCAGCUGCGUGCGCUGGAGAAGACGCAGGCUGCCGAGCUCGCGUCACAGGCGCAAGCGCACCGAGAGGCGGUGGACGCGCUGGAGCAGAAGCAUGCCACGGCCCUAGCCACGAUGCAAGCGGAGCACGAGGCGCUUCUUGAGGAGCGUGCCGCUGAGCACGCCCAGGCGCUCGAGGCCUGGAAGACGCGGCAUGCCGAUGCGCAAAAGGCGCAUGAAGAGACUCUAGCGCAGCUGCGAGAGGAGCUCAAUGCAAAGAGGGUGGCGCAUGCUGAGGCUCUCGAGAAGCUGCAGCAGUUCACGGACGAGCAUGCACGUCAAGUCGAGUCUCUAAGCCAGGCGCACUUAGCGGAGCUGGAGCGCCGGGACACGGAGCUAGCGUCAAUGCGCGAGGCGCAUGCAGCCGAGCAGAAAAAGGCGAUUGAGGCGCUCAAGACCGAGCACAAGAGUGCGGUCACAAACCUGAUUGUGAAGCAUGAGAACAAGAUUGCUGCGGCGCGCAGCGAGCAACUCAACACGGCAUCCACAACGAUUGGGCAGCUGCAAUCACGGCAAGACGCGCUUCGUAAGGAGCAUGCAGCUGCGCUGGAAGCCCAGGAGCGCACACAUGCUGAGACGUUGGAGCGGCUGCAGACCGAGCACGAUGCGGCACUGGAGGCGCUGCGUGCAGAGCAUGCUAGCGAACAAGAACGCGCGCAGCGUGCGUACGAGGACCAGUUGGACCAAGCGCGUGCCGAGUGGGUGGCUCGCAUCUCGCAGCUGGAGACGGCACUGGCUGAAGCCAAGGGGAACGUGCAACGUGUGCAGCAAGAGCACGCUGAGGCUAUCGAGGCUGUCGAGAGGAAGCAUGCCGAGGUGCUAGAUGCCGAGCGUACGCAGCACAGUGCGGCGCUAACAGCCGCGCAAGAAGAGCGCGAGGCAGCUGUGGCGGUUGCUGAACAGGCGCACCGCGACAUGCUUGCUUCUCAGCAGGCUGAGCAUAGCAAAGCUCUCUCUACCGAGCGGGCUGAUGCGCAGAUGCGCCAUGAAGGUGUGCUUGCUCAGCACGAGCAGGUGCUGAAGGCUGCGAAGGAGGAGCGCGAGGCUGCUCUGGCCGAGGCGCAGGCGCAGUACGAAAAGACCCUACAAUCGUACCAGUCAGAGCGUGAGGUUGCCCUGGCAGAGGCCCAGGCGCAGCACGACCAAGCGCUUGAGGCUGCGAAACAGGAGCGCGAGGCUGCCCUGGCAGAGGCUAAGGCACAACACGAUCAAGCGCUUAAAGCUGCCAAGGAGGAGCACGAACUCGCUCUCAGGACUGUCAAGGAGGAGCGCGAGACUGCCCUGGCCGAGGUGCAAGCGCAACAUGACCAAGCAAUUGAGGCUGCGAAGCAGGAGCGCGAGGCUGCCCUGGCUAAGGCGCAGGCGCAGUAUGAGAAGACCCUACAAUCGCACCAGUCGGAGCGUGAGGCUGCCAUGGCCGAGGUCCAGGCGCAGCACAACCAAGCGCUUGAGGCUGCGAAGGAGGAGCGCGAGGCUGCCUUGGCCGAGGCGCAAGCGAAGCACGACCAAGCGCUUGAGGCUGUGAAGCAGGAGCGCGAGGCUGCCUUGGCCGAGGCGCAGGCGCAGUAUGAGAAGACCCUACAAUCGCACCAGUCGGAGCGCGAGACUGUCUUGGCCGAAGCUCGGGCGCAGUACGAAAAGACCCUACAGUCGCACCAGUCGGAGCGCGAGGCUGCCUUGUCUGAGGCUAAUGCACAACAAGAUCAAGCGCUUAAGGCUGCCAAGGAAGAGCACGAACACGCUCUUAGGACUGUCAAGGAGGAGCGCGAGGCUGCCCUGGCCGAGGCGCAAGCGUUGCACGAGCAGGCGCUUGAGGCUGCGAAGCAGGAGCGCGAGAAAGUCUUUGCCGAGGUCCAGGCGCAGUACGAGAAGACCUUACAAUCGCAUCAUUCAGAGCGUGAGACUGCCUUGGCUGAGGCUAAGGCACAACACGAUCAAGCGCUUAAGGCUGCCAAGGAGGAGCACGAACACACUCUUAGGACUGUCAAGGAGGAGCGCGAGGCUGCCCUGGCUGAGGCCCAGACGCAAUAUGAAAAAACUCUUCAAUCGCAUCAGUCAGAGCGUGAAGCUGCCAUGGCCGAAGCUCAGGCACAGCACAAGACUUUGCAAGACGCACACGAACAGGCACUUGCGGCCGAACGCGAACGGCACUCCAACGCUAUCGCAGCUGUCCAGGCUGAGGCAGAGGCCCAGCGCUCCACAUGGGAGGCCGCACAUGUCGGUGGCCACACCCCGUCCUCCGAACUUAUUGCCGAGAAGGAGGCGGCCAAGACGCGCCUCGAGGCGCUGGCGCGCGAGCUGGCAGAGGCUAAGGAGGCACACGGCGCACUUGAACGUGCGCUAGCCACAGCAGCGUCGGCGCAUGCAGAGGAACUAGCAGCACUUCACGCGAAGCAUGCGACUGCGUGGGAGGCCGCAGAGCGAGCGCAUGUGGAGCGGCGCGAGGCCUUGCACGAUGCGGAAGGGCGACUGCAGAUCCUUACGGCCAAGGUGGCCGAUGCGCAGAGCGCACUCAACGAGAUGCGCACGGAGGCGGCCGAGCACCGCGCCGCUGCGGAACAGGCGCGUGCGGAACGCGACCGGACGCAGGAGUAUGGGGAGCGCUAUGCCGAGCAGAUGGCUCGCCAGGCGGCGGAGGACCACACGAACCACUAUGUGGCCAUCACCGCGGAGCUGCGCAAACAGCUUGCGCUGAAGGAUGCAGAGAUGGCAGCGAUGGUGCGCACAAAGCAGCACGAUGUGCGCGAGCCGCUCAUGGCCGAGCUUAUUGCCGCCCAUGAGGAGCGCGAUGCGCUGCAGGCGCGUGUGGCCGAGCUGCAAGACGAGCUUGCCAAGGCGCGUGCGCCUGAAGCCCCAGCAACGCCACCGCGGUCUGUGCCGCUCGCUCCGGCGAUGUCGUGGACGGGCAGUGCAGAGGCACCUUUGGCGCAUUCACCUUCGCUGACGACGACGACGCUGGGCACGUACGCGUCCCCACCGCGCUCGACGCGUCGUGGUCCAAUGUCAGUGCGCUCGGACGCUUUGACCGACGACCAUGGCGAAGUGGAUGUGCCAGCGUGGGUGGGUGCCUUGGCGGCGCCGGUGGCGCUGCCAAGGCACAUGGAAAACAUUGAGCCCGAGGUUGCUAAUGCCAUCAUUGAGUGUAUGCGGGGCGAGUGGCUGUACAAAUAUGCGCCGCACUUCUUGUCGGCCGUGGAGCGGCGGCACCGGCGCUUCUUCUUUAUCAACCCGUUCAACCGUACGAUCCAGUGGACGACCGAGGAGCCGCGUCGAACGGCUGGCCAUGUGGCCAAGGCGAAGAAUGCGUUUAUUGACGAGGUGGCGCUUAUGGACGACCACAACGCGCAUCCUGCGGGCCUGUACAACCAGACAAUGGUUAUCCGCUCCGGGCAUAAGGAGCUCAAGAUCACGGCGCCGGACAAGGCACGCCACCGCGUUUGGUGCACGGCGCUGGGCUACUUGCUGCAGUCGAACGAUUCGCCUGUGGUAACGGCGGGCAGCGGCAGCAGCAAGGUAUCGAUCCCGCUGGAAAUGGGCGGCCGAAGCACUGGCAUGUUGAGUGGGCCUGCAGCGCGCCUGCAGCGCUCGUUUUCGACGCUUACCUCGACGCGCAGGGACGGAACAUCGCGCAAGAGCCAGUUCGCAGUGCUGAGCGCAGGGUCUGACCAGGCGCCUGCUCAAGCACGAGCGGAGGGCCCCCGUUCGUCGCGCCGGAGCAACCCGGACAAGCGCGUGCUGAGCGGGAGUGGCUCUGCACCGACCGUGCCUGCUGCGGGCAUUUCAGGCCCGAUGAAUGCGGCUGAUGCGGCCAUUCACCAGCUGCCACCUGCACCACACAUGCAAUCCACGCUGUCGACCGUGUCGUCGCGCACGAGCGCGCGCAGGUCAUGGUGGUUGGCGUGA